UGCAGGCAGGGCCGGCUCCAGGCACCAGCUUCCCAAGCAGGUGUUGGGGUGGCAGUCUGCAAGGGGCAGCACUCCCUGUGUUUUUGCCCCCAAGCAGCGUGUGAAUUGCCACCGCGGAGGGCGGGAGCAGUCCGUGUGCUGUUAGGGCAGCUCGCGCGUUUCCGUGGCGGUUUGGCAGCAACUUCUAUGUCCAGCUGUUUGCGGCGGCACAGCUUCUAUCUUCAGCUGCCAUGGAAAUGUGUGAGCCGCCCUAAGGGCACAUGGACUGCCCCGCCUCUCGCAGCGGCAAUUCGGUGCACUGCUUGAGGCGGCAAAAACAGUAGAGCAGGCCCUGGGUGCAGGCCAAAUUAUUUCCAGCCAGCCUAAGGGAAGGUUCUCCUCUCUAUUCUGACUAAUCACCACAUUCUGUAGCCUUUUAUGUCCCCCUUGGUUGACUAAAUUUGUUUGUUUGGGAAAGAGGCAGCCUACCUCCAGUGGUGUGGGUGCCUCUGCUCCAUAAAUUGGUUGAAAGAGCUAAGUGUGCCUGUCAUGCAGUCGCUCAGACUGCACCAGAUUUAGGGCAAAGUAUUCUCUUUUGAAAUAGGUGGCACGGGCCAGCACAUGGUUUCUUGUAGCUGUACCACUGAUUGCUAGUCCAAAGGGGAUAUGUGAUGGAAUACUAUUUUGCUGUCACCAGUGGAGGAAGGUGACUGUCAUUUUGCAAUUUAAGAAACCAAACAGUUUUACCUAGUGAUAGUACUGCCAGUGGAAGUUCCACAGUCAGGUGGCCUGAAUCAAUGUGUGUCUAGCCAAACUCCAUCUUGCUUUCAGAAGUAUCUUAGAUUUGCUAUAAACUGACACAUGGCACCCAGAGCCUAUCCAAAGCCCAGAGAUACUCCCAUUGAUUUCAGUGGGCUUUGGGGUCAGGCCCUAGCAUUAGAGCCUGCCAUUUAGAAUCUAUUUGCUCAGAACCCACAGUCUCAGCCAAUAUUGUAUAUACUUAUGAUUGAACACCCUGCCUUGGUAAUGCACUUACAAAUGAGAAGGUAAAGCCAAGACAUUUUAAUUCAAGUCCCAGGGUGAAAUUCCAUCCCCAUAUGAGUUGAUGGUAAUUUUACGAUUGACUUCAGUGGGGCCUGCAUUUCACCUGGGGAAUCUACACCAGGAAUAUACACAGUCCUUUAAGAUCAUAGGUACAAUUGAGGAAGUUGCAUAACAAUCUGUCAGCUACCCAAUAGCAGUCACACAUGAGAUACUUUGGGUUCAGGUUGGUAAAACAUUCUUCUGGGGGAAGAUAUUGGCUGUUUCACAAUGCAGUAAAUGCCAAUAUCAAAAAAACCCAUCAGCCUCAACAAGGGAAUGUUUACUAGUCCUUGUCUCUAAGAGAAGGUACCAGCAAAGAAAUUUUGGUCAAAGAAAUGCAAUGCUGUAGCUAAAUAAGCUAAGGUUCAUUGUUACUUCUGCGGUAUUGGGGAUGGAACGGGCAAUAGCAAUACUAAGAGCUAAUAUUCACAGUCCUUGCUGUACUGUUACAAUGAAUGAGAAAACAGCCUGAUGCCAUCAUGAGUGAUAUCUAAUGGCACAGUCUGAUUUUUAAUUAGUUACACUUCUAACCCGUGAGCUUGUCAUGAGAAUAUAGCUGGUGUUUUGAAAGUUUAGAAUUGCAAAAACGGGGGGAGGAAAAACCCCUUUCCUCUGUUGCACUGUGAGGUAUAAAGCAUAGAAUGUGCUGCAGCUAUGUAUAGUCAGAAACGGUUUUCAGAAAAAACAACAACCGAGACACUGUUUCACUAUUACUUUACCACAAAGAGUUUUUAUCAUUCUUCUUUUAAAAAAAAAAAAUCUGCAGUCACCAUAUACUGGAAUGAGUUUCAUGGGUUUUACAGUAACAGCAAGGCAAUUGUUGAAUUCAUAUUGGCUGUGCCAAAAGAUUCCUAUGAGGCUUGGGCCCUGUUGUGCUAGGUGCUGUACAUACAAAGAGAAGACAGAGUCUCAAGCUCAUUUAAAACUAGCUGUAUAGCAUCUGUGUGUAAUGAACAACUAGUAGGAGGGAAGGGAGCAUGCAGCCUAACAGUUUAGGACCACAUGGCUGUGUGCACAGCAUGGUGAGCCUGAGUCAGUUCAAGUUAAAGUUUUAUAAAUAAAAUAUCCACACUGGCCAUAAAAUGCAGGCUAGAGUUGAGACCUUAUUGUGUGACAAUGACAUAGCAGGUUUCCUUCUUGACUGUUUCUCACACACACACACUCUCUUUCUCUCUGCAGCAGGCAGGGCCCAGGCUCCCAUGGGAGCCAGCUGCAGCAACUGCAAUACUCCAGAGAUUCACUCCAUCUGAAUUGUUGGGAUCCCCACAGCUGCCAACCAUCCCUGCAGAUAUCUCCCCUAGGCUAAGUCCCUGCCAGUGAAGUUUCAAGCACAGUGUUUGGGUUAUGGCAGUGUUCGGAGUGAGAUGAAAGAACGCCACAUUGAUAGUGGGAAGGCAGCUCCUAUCAUAGCUCUGGAGAGAGUAGUGUGUCUACAUAAAUGUGUGAGUUCAGGAAUCCUUCAGUAAAGAGCUCUGGUUUAGCUGUGAUGGCCUAGUGAAUUGUCUUUUUUGUUAACUAUCUUAUUGUAGUCCUGCUGAGCAGCUCCUCUACACCACUGACACACCUGGAUAAGGGCUUGCAGGAUGUGAGUCAUUAGGAACUGAAACAAAAUGGGGAAUUUGGGAGAUAGGUGUUCAAAUCAUUCUUUACUUUCUUCCUCUCAUGUCAGGCGGAUAAAACACACUACCUGGUAAACAUCCACUUUGAGAAUUUAGAUGAACUUACUUUUCUCGCUAGCUAAGUGCUGUUGGGUUCUCCCCUUGUGACAAAUGGCUAAACUUUGCAUGGGUGACUCAUUCAAACCUUUAGUUUCCGCCUCUUCUUUUGCAAAACAAAUGAACGUCUAAGGACUUGUAGUUCAAUGAUAUUAGCCAACCAACUGAGGAAGUAAAAUAAUCAUAUGAAAGGGGCGUAGCCUGCUUGGGGCACUUGUUUGUGUUCAGUUGACAUCAGAGUUAUAACAAGCCUCUAAACACAGGGCUGACUUCCUUGUGAGGACAGCAUUGCUCAGACUCCAGCCUGGUGCGUUAGCCGUGGGACAAGGCAGCUGGUGACUCAAAGCAUAGUAUCGGACAAGUUACAGAGCUCUCUCUGAUGCCAGCUAAAAGCAGCCAAACGAACAAAAGCAUUAAGUAAAAGGAACAGAGAAGCCUGCUGAGACUGGCCCUGGCAGGUUCACAUCCUGCAGACUGGUAACAGCCCAGGCCUAGAGGAAGUAUCUGCUGCACAGAUGGAAGCGCACCUGGGCAAGAUGGAGUUUUUCUGCAAGCUGGGGUAUGGCAAGCAGGACAUCUGCAAAGUGCUGGAAAAUCUGGGCCAAAGGGCCCUGGAGGAUGAUGUGCUGAAAGAGUUGAUUCGGGUAGGUAGCAGGCCUGUGGCUCAGGAGAGGCAGGCCCAGCAUCCUCUCCCAAAACUUGUCCCCCGUGGGUCAUGUAGCCGUGCGGCAGUGCCCAAGCAGCCAGAAGAGGAGGCAAGCGAUUCUUCCAGUCACUUGAGACCUAUCGUGAUCGAUGGCAGCAACAUUGCUAUGAGCCAUGGGAACAAAGAAGUGUUCUCAUGCCGGGGGAUUCAGCUGGCAGUGGAUUGGUUCAGGGAGAGAGGCCACAAAGACAUCAAGGUCUUUGUCCCAUCAUGGAGAAAGGAACCACCACGAUUUGAUAGCCCCAUUACAGAUCAGCACAUUCUUGAUGAGCUUGCAAAACAAACCAUUCUCGUGUACACUCCAUCCCGCAAGGUGAAAGGCAGGCGCGUGGUCUGCUAUGACGAUCGCUAUAUAAUUAAAGUGGCCCAUGAGAAAGAUGGGGUGAUUGUUUCCAAUGACAACUACCGGGACCUCCAGAGUGAAAAUCCUGAGUGGAAGUGGUUCAUCGAGCAACGGCUACUCAUGUACUCCUUUGUCAGUGACAAGUUUAUGCCUCCUGAUGACCCACUAGGCCGUCAUGGACCUACUCUUUACAAUUUCCUCAGCAAAAAGCCAGUGCUUCCUUUUACCAGAUGGCAGCCCUGUCCUUAUGGCAAAAAAUGCACAUAUGGCAGCAAGUGCAAAUUUUUCCACCCCGAACGACAGUAUCAAGCUCAGCUGUCAGUGGCUGAUGAGCUCCGAGCCAAAACAAAGGCCUCGUCUCGAAGCUUGGGGACAGAGGAAGAAAGGUUUAAGGCUGCCCCAGCUACAACCCAAGGAGGGACUGCAUCCCACGGCGUUUGCAUAGAAAGGCUGCAGGAAUCCAGUGGUGCUAUAGGCAGCGGCAGCAGCUCCACUCAGAGCUUUGCAAGGGAUUGGUUCCAUUCCACACAACAGGAAAGCAGCUACACCAAGCAUUCAGCUAGAGCCUGGGGAGACAGGCCCCUGUGUAAGCUGGAACCCGAACAAAAUGUAUUACAGAAAGAUCUACAGAGAGAGCAAAGGCUCAUGGAAAAGCAGCUGUCUGCAUUGUCCCUCAGGGACAAGCUAUAUAGCGCAAACAGGCUGGCAGACACAUCUGAGAGAGAGGAUGCAACUGACAGUACCCAUCAAUGCUGUAAUCUUAGCCACAAUCACUGUCACAAUCUAUAUGCAACUCAUCACAACCAUAGUUCGGACUGCAUGUGCUUACAACAGUGCAAGCUGCCUUCUCCUCUUCACAGGCACCCAGCUCACUUUAAGCCUGAGCACCGCGGCAAUGUGCAAAUGUCAGCAGUGCAGAGUCAGAGAAUCCAAUACACUGUGGACAGAUCUCUGUCCACACAAGGCCUGCAGGCCCAACAGCAAGUCACACACACUGUCAGGUCUCUUCUGAAUGGCCCAUUUCCCUACAGCAAACGCGAAGAUGGACAAUACCAAAGGCAUUUGCAGAAUCAGCCUCCCAUUCAGUCAUUUUUGUUCGACUCCCACAAGGGGCCCGGCUCCUUCAGCUAUUUACCCACUUCUCACAGCGAGUAUCUCCCGAAUCACGCUCCAGAGCCACUUGCUGGAGAGCAAGCACACAUCCGCAGUGUGCUCUGCUCUGUCUUCCCAUACGAUGAAGUGGAUCGAGUUAUGUUCUUGUACCCUGAUAUCAAGGAUAUGGCUAGUUUAAUUUUACUAAUUCAAAGACACAGGCUCUUAUGAAGUGGAGGAGACUCUCCUCACAUCAGUGCCCCCAAAGAAAAACCAAAACCAAAACCCAAGAGUCUUUGCCAGCUGGGGCCAGGUGUCCAAGGUUGUUUCCAGCUCUGCCAGUGACUCGCUAUGUAGCCUUGUUUAAGUCAGUUAGACUCGAAUGGUGGCAGGCAGCCACUGGCCCCAGCAGGCAAUGGUAUGGAGCUGCACCCCUCAUGGAGGGAUCCUGGGGAGGGACUGUGCUUCAGAGAGCGAUUUCUUCUUUGAGGCACAAUCCUCACUGCGUUCCCUAGUGGACAGUAACACUGUGCCAUUCUUAGGGUCCCCCUGGUGUGGAUGGCCCACUCUACUUCCUGUUGGGGGGCUGUUGCCCCUUCUCCCUCCCCAUCUCCUGUGAGAAGCCAGCCAGCCCUGCAAGUGGAGUAGGUCCUGGUGCUGCAUACAGGUGCUGCAAUUGUGACUGACCUAUGUGCAGAUCACACAAGGAACGUGUACUCUUUGAAAACCUUCCACCCAUCCAAAGAAGGGUCAGUCACAAUUGGGUCCGUUAAUCUGCCUGUUCUUUACUUGCUAACAACAGUGCCCCACCUUACAGAGCAGUUGCGGCAAGGCUUAGUGUAUGCUUUACAAGCACUUUAAGAAUCUUUAAUCAAAGGUGCUAUUGCAGUUGGUUUCAACCUGUGGUCCACGGACCCCUGCGUUUCUGCAGACUAUGUCUUAAGAUUUCCAAAGGGGCCUGCACGUGCCUUUGAAAUACUCAUGGGCCUUCAAAUGAAAAAGACUGAAAACCACUGUGCUGUGGCAUUGCAAGUAACAUGAUAUGAGCAACAAAUCUGUGGAUUUUUCCUGUACAAAGCUUCAUAAAAUGUCCUAACCCUGACAGCCCAGCUGCAUCAGCAGAGCAAUCAUUUGCCCCCUGCUCAUGAGAAAACUGACACAAUCUUCCUUUGAAGAGAUUUGCAUUUUUAAAGGAUUCCCCUCGGAACUCAGAUUUUCUUUAAUAAAUAAAUGAUGCCAACCCAUAGAAAGCCACAGAGCAUAUCUCCCACUAGUAUGGGCUCCCUCCCAUGAGGACCAAACUUCUCUCAAUCUCACACAGAGCUGCUCUCAUGGUCUUUCAGUUACUCUGUUGAUAUGACAAAGGCUGAAUGGAAAGACUGAGGUUCUGUUCCCAUCACAGAAAAGCAUGCAGGCUUCCUGCAGUGUCCUCAUUUCUGUGUGCUUACUUCAACUAUUUGGCAAAUUCAGAACUUCAGCAGAGGAUAAAUCCUGCAGUUUUUACUCACAGACGAUCUUAUCCAUUAAAACUAAUGAGAGUUCAGCCCAAUUAAGGAAUAUAUUACUACAAGAUUUGAGCCCUUCCCAAAACAGGGUGGUCUCAGGAUGCAAUAGCCUAUCUUGUGCUCUCUGGAAAAGGAGACAGUUUCACCAUGCCAAAAAUGAGUUGGGCACCCAAAGACAAACACACCAAAUCACUAGUCAUGUUUUAAAAUCUUGGCCUAAAAAGUGUAGUUACUUCAGAAGGCUCAUACACUCUCUGUGGGCUUUGUACAAACUUCCCAUUGUAGGAGCUCUGUCUUAGAUCUAGUACAUUGCUUCACAGGCAGCAGCCACACACCAUCAUUACAUUUUUAAUGUGGCCUUUUUUCCUUAUUAGUCUGACAUCCCAGCUAUAAGAUAACGUUGGCUUUUUGUCAUUGCAUGUCUGCUUUUAUAAUUACAGCCAUUAUGUCCAAUCCUGUCCUCACUGAAUGGUUAACAACUUCCAUCAGCUUCUAGCCGUUAAUCUGCCUGGUCUUUACUUGCUAACA